AUGGAUUCACCAGGUUCUUCAUCUCAGUUACAUGAGAAUGCACAGCAAAGUUCAGCACCUGUAGAUCUGGAGUGGUCUCUUCUGGAUACUGAUGGAAUAUUUGGAUCUACAAGUCAUCUUCAGAAAAGAAAACAGAAGGUUAGAACUUACAAUGUAACUGAAGGUUUGGAACAUAAAGACACACAGCACUAUAAGUUCCACGGUCCCAGGAAGAGGCUUCACUCGGCUGAAGAGGUUCAGCAUGGCUGUCGUCCAAACCCGGAGGGCAGCGGAGACAGUCCGUGUCAACAAUGUCACAUCAUCACCGAUGAACUGAACAGGCAGGCGCUCGCUCUGGUAGAGCCGGGAAUGCUGAAGGACCCGAGCUUUGCAGCUCUCCUCCUUGACCGUCUUCAGGCUCUAGAAUGGCCACCGAGGGGUCAGGGUGCUGAGAGCCGCUGCGAUCUGUGUGGGACUCCUCUGCAUCAGCUGAGGCGCCAAGCCCUUCACUCAGCCUUGGGACUGGCACUUCAUGUUAGUCCUGACCGGCGGUCUGGAUCUUCCUCCGGCCUGCAGCCGCUCCACCACACCGCCCACAGUUUGCCCCCACAGCAGCAUUUCAAAGAACGGCUGAACCAGAUCCAGAGCCGCUUGCCGAGAGCUACGCAGCGCCCCCGUGCCGAGCCAGUCAGUAGCAUCAGGCAUAGAGAGAUGGGCUGGAUCAAGAGCGGCGCUACAGGCGUGGACAUCAAGCCCACCUGCUUUGCUACGGUCACUCCACUACCCAUCUACGCCCAACACUAUUUGGAAGGGGUGUGGAGCGUUGCGAGGGUAAGCAGAGACCAGCGUCACCAGUACACACAGAAUUUGGUACCAGAUAAAGACAGCUUGACAUCUGAAACGUUCCAAUUGAGCCAAGCCAGUGCAGUUCCUCCCAUCACUCCACCGGUACAUAAAAGUACCAAUGUUCCUGCACCUCAGAGCAUCAGCGCAUCCUCCUUCUUCCUCAGGGCUGCUCAGAAGCUGAACCUCUCCAAACGGAAGAAGCCUCAGCCACCGCCGCCCUCCCCACCUGACCCAGAUGAACCCUUAUUCUACACGGACGGCUUCAGUGCCGCCCUACAGCUCUCGCCACCACCUGUCCCACCAUGCCUGCUCAGAGCUGGGGCAAAGGUCAAAGACAGCCCCGGGAUGGGAAAGGUUAAAGUAAUGGUGCGCAUUUGUCCUGCCAAAGGCACACAGGACACUUCUGAGUCCAUGUCCUUUCUGAAGGUCGAUGCCCAUAAGAAGCAGCUGACCUUUUGUGAACCUUCCACUAGCACCCACGCCACUGGAGGUCAAAAACGUUCUUCCAGCACGGCUCCAAAGAUCUUCAACUUCGAUGCUGUCUUCACCCAAGAUGCCUCACAAGCGGAGAUUUGUUCAGGGACCGUGGCCGAGGUCAUUCAGUCUGUGGUAAAUGGGGCAGACGGCUGCAUCUUCUGUUUUGGACAUGCCAACCUCGGUAAAACCUACACCAUGAUCGGCAGUGACAGCUCCACCCAAAACUUGGGCGUAGUGCCCUGUGCCAUCUCCUGGCUUUACAAGUUCAUCGAGGAGAGGAAGGAGAAGACUUGCACCAGGUUCUCGGUCCGUGUAUCAGCUGUAGAGAUCAGCGGAAGGGACGAGGUGUUGACAGACCUUCUGGCUGACUUCUCAGGGGGCGUUUCCCAGGAUGUUCAGGGUGUGGGCGUGUACCUGAGAGAAGACCCAGUCUCUGGUUCCCAGCUUCAGAACCAAAGCGAGCUGCGGGCGUCCUCAGCCGAGCGAGCUGCUUUCUUUCUGGACUCGGCUUUGGCAGCGAGGAGCAUCGGCCGACCCGAGUGCGAUAAAGAUCAACAAUGCAACUCACACAUGCUCUUCACUCUGCACGUUACUCAGUAUCGCAUGGAGAAGAGUUCCAAGGGAGGAAUGUCUGAGGGUCGGAGUCGUCUGCAUCUUUUGGACCUGGGUAGCUGUGAGUCUGACAUGACACGAACAAGGGAUGGAGGAGGAGGAGGACAGUGUCUCUCCCUGACUGCCCUUGGGAAUGUCAUCCUCGCUCUGACCAACGGUGCCAAGCAUGUUCCCUACAGGGACAGUAAGCUCACCAUGCUGCUGAGGGAAUCACUGGGCAACAUCAACUGCAGGACCACAAUGAUCGCCCACAUCAGCGAUUCACAGAGCAGUUACACAGAAUCCCUCUCCACUGUGCAACUGGCUUCCCGUAUUCACCGCAUGAGGAAGAAGAAAUCCAAGUAUGCCUCCAGUUCUUCAGGAGGGGAGAGCUCAUGCGAGGAAGGACAAAACCGUCGACCACCUCACUUGAGACCGUUCCACCCCAGAAUGGUGGCUUUAGAUCCAGACCACUCUUCACAUUUAUCCAGCGACCCAGACUACUCCUCCAGCAGCGAGCACUCCUGCGAUACCGUCAUAUAUGUAGGACCGGGGGGGGCCCAUAUUUCUGACCGUGAACUCAGUGACAAUGAGGGCCCUCCAGCUUUUGUCCCCAUCAUUCCGUCACUUAACAAAAAGCGUGCAAAAGAGGCUCCCAGAUCAGAUGGCGACCAUUUAAAAUGUAACACUUUUGCUGAGUUACAGGAACGACUCGAGUGUAUUGAUGGAAGCGAGAGCACAGUCGCUUUUACGAGCGAGGUGAAAGUGUCACAGAUGACUUUACAGGACACAGACUGGGGUUCUGUAUCCAACAAGAGUUCCUUCCAAAAGCCUGGGCAUGUGGAACCUUACAAAUUGCUCUCAGAUGUGGCUGAGUCUGAGCCUAAGGCUUCGGCUCAAGACUCUGAACUGGUUGUCCGGGAGAAGGUCUACCAUGACAAAGUCCCUUUACAAAAACCUCCCAAAAACUCAAACUUGCCCAGUAUGUGUGGUUUAGCUACAAGAACACCUCCAGUGGGUAUGAGUAACCCUUCCAUCAGGCAAGGAGGUCACGUUCUUGACCAAACCCAUCAUCUAAGUAGAAGUCCCAUGGAGGUGAGCCACCUUCGAGCAUCCUUGCAGAGUAGAUGUCUAGAUCGAGACAUUUUAAGGACUACUGUGACUCUACAACAGCCCGUGGAACUGAACGGGGAAGACGAACUGGUUUUCACAGUUGUAGAGGAGCUGCCCACUGGACUAGUUCCAGACAACGGGCGGCCUUCAAGCAUAAUCAGCUUUAACAGUGACAACUCGCUUCAGGCUUUAUCUUCUGGAUCGCGUCCAGUCAGCAUAAUUAGCAGCAUCAAUGAUGAGUUUGAUGCUUACGUUUCUCAAAUUGACAGAGCACAUAAAAGCUACGCAGGAUCAAGAGAAGGCACCAGCCUCCGAAAAGCUAACGUUGGUGAAGCGAAUACUGAUGCUGCAGGUUUGGAAAGAGGCCUUUCAUCAAAGGAUGGGUGCACACCUGAUCAUAUAAUGAAAAUACCUAGUUCAUACAUCAAGUCAUUCUCCCAGCAAAGCACAAAAGGUAUCUUCAGCGCCAGUGCAGUUUGUCUUCCAGAGUUAGAUUACCAGUCCGUAACAUCUGAGAGGAAAGCCAUGACCAAGUGUCCACCACUUUACGAUACAAGCAGAGCAACCUCCCAGAGUCAAAAGCUGGUAAAAUCUAAUACCAUCAGCUCUUCUCAGUCACAGAUUCCUGCCAUCAGUCAGUCUACUCUACCUAGAAAAAACAAACCUACCUCGUCUGUUAACCUGAGCAGCGGCUUCGGUCGUGAAAUGCAGUGGCAAGGAAGCAAGACAGAGGAACAGUGGGCGCACACCGGUGGUCUGGUAGAUCCCAGGAAUACAGAAACCAUCACUGCUUGCAAGAUGACUAAAAGCGGUAUGACUGGAAUUCCAUCCAGGAAAGCAGGUGGAAGCAGCAACAGUGUACCACGAUCUCCAAAAAUGCUCUCAUCUCAGAGGGUCGUAGACGGCUGUGAGAAAUCCACUCUUAAAAAAGGUGACAGUCUGACCAAAAUGCCUCUGCUCAGGCGAGGCGCCACGACACUCGGAAUGAUCACGGUGCCCCAAAGCUUUUCGGACUCUAAGAGUGGUUAUGAUACCAUGCAACCAAGUACCAGUUUGAGGUACUCAUCCUUGGGGAAGAGGUCAAAUGGGCAGAAAAGCAGCUUACUCCAUAAGUCUGGCAGUAUGUCACCUCCUGCCCCACCUGUCCGGAAAUCUAGCCUGGACCAUAAGACUCGGGUCUUGUCGUCUAGUGCCUUGAGGUCAUUGGGCAACGAUCAGACCAGAUUGUCGUCAUCCAAGGCAUCGGUGUCUGAGGAGGACUUUGAUGUUCAAGGCAGAGGGGAGUUUUUUCAUUUUAAAACAUCCAGCUUAAAAUCAGGGUCUAGUCAGCAGGCACGUGGUCCAAAAGGUGACAGUGGAAGAUACUUCAGCAGUCUUCUUUCCCUUGAAAGAUGUGACAGUUUGACAUCAAUAGGGUCAAGACAUGGAAGUUCAAGAGAGAGCAGUGGGGCUAACUUAGGGAGUCAUAGCAAGUCCACCAGAACAGUUCCAAGACUUGGAAUUACCAGCUCUACCUCCACACCCUUAUCUCCUCCAUCAAGUACUACCCCUGGAGUCAGCAAACUGGGCCAGAUCAAAGCCAGUAUAAGUAUUAGAACCAUCGGUGGCAAUGGAACCAAAGCUAAAUCCAUGUCCUUGUGUAGUUCCAAACCUUUGAGCUCUACAAAGUCAUUGUCUACUUCUUCUGUAAAGAAUGCCAACCUACCUCCGAGUGGAAAGACCUCAACUCGCUCUCUAAUAAGUGCCAAACCAGGCAAAGGCACCCUGAUGGGCACCAAACAAGCCGUCCGUGCAGCUAACAGCAGGGUCAGCGAGCUAGCAUCAAGCAGCCCCAAGAAACACAUCAAGGGGUCUAAUGACCAGACAACAAGUUCCAGUGAUUGUAAGCCUCCUCUUAGGACUGAGCCUUCGCUGCCUUGCUCUUUGCCAUCUCCCUACAGCAAGAUCACCGCUCCCAGGCGGCCACAGCGAUACAGCAGCGGCCACGGAAGUGACAACAGCAGCGUCCUGAGCGGGGAGCUGCCCCCAGCCAUGGGCCGCACGGCUCUGUUCUAUCACAGCGGAGGAAGCAGUGGCUAUGAAAGCAUGAUCAGGGAUAGUGAAACCACAGGUAGCGCGUCCUCGGCCCACGACUCCAUGAGCGAGAGUGGAGUGUCGACGUCCAGCCGAACCAAGGUCUCAAAGUCACCCAAAAAGAGAGGCAAUGGCCUGCAGCGGCGGAGACUGAUCCCUGCUCCCCUGCCUGACGCUUCCUCGCCCGGCAGGAAAGUCGGCGCUGCAGGCCAGUGGGUGGACCUCGCUCCGCUGGGGGGCACGCUGAAGAAGGCUUUCGAGAUAAAGGUCUAUGAGAUAGAUGACGUUGAUCGGCUGCAGAAGUGCAAGGAGGGGACGGUUACUGAGCCAAUUCAGGAUGUUCAAAAGGGCUUGCAGUACUUCAGCGCUCGCCUCAGGAUGAUGGAAAGGCGACAGCAGCAGAUAAAAGAGCUGAGGGCCAAACAUGAGAGACUGAAGGGGGAACUGGAGGAUGCCAAGGCUCGUCUAAUGCUGGACCCCGACAAGUGGAUGGAAGAGUUCGACGUGGACCCAGAUCUGGACCCGGAGUCACAUGACUUCCUAGAGGCUCUGGCUCAGGCCACGAGUGAGCUGGAGUUCUACGUCGACCUGUGCAAGUCUCGAGUCAUGAUGGAGACCUGCUUCGACAUUCUGGCACCGACGUCCCCCGGGCAGACGCUGGAGGUCUGAUUAAUAGAUCAGAGGAACAUGAGUGAUGAUGAUGUUUAUUCUAUGCAGAGUCUGGAUCAACUACUGCUCUGAUCAAGGUUACUGAGGUCUACAGAGGGAAGCAGGACGUU